GUGGGACCCCAUUUUUGGGAAGUGGUUUGGUCCAGUGCAACAGAAUAUGUGAACCUCAGCCGAGCCGCUGUGUAGGUCUCUCAUCUGACAACAUGGCGAGUGUUCGUUCCGCGUCCCGUCUCCUCUCCAAGAGGAUACUAUCUAAAACAAAGGCAAUCCCCGCUGCUGCGGUUCAGGGUUCCAGGAACUUUCAUUUCUCCAUCUAUGGGAAGAAGAAGAGUGCCAAAGUAUCAGAUGAUAUCUCUACUCAGUACCCAGUUGUGGAUCAUGAGUUCGAUGCUCUGGUGGUAGGAGCUGGAGGAGCAGGACUCAGGGCAGCUUUUGGUCUGUCCGAGGCUGGAUUCAACACUGCUUGCAUCACCAAGCUCUUCCCCACCAGGUCUCACACUGUUGCUGCACAGGGUGGAAUCAAUGCCGCUCUGGGAAACAUGGAGGAGGAUGAUUGGAGGUGGCAUUUCUAUGACACAGUGAAGGGAUCUGAUUGGCUGGGAGACCAGGAUGCUAUCCAUUACAUGACAGAGCAGGCUCCUGCCGCCGUGGUGGAGCUGGAGAACUUUGGCAUGCCGUUCAGCCGCACUGAGGAAGGUAAGAUCUACCAGAGGGCCUUCGGAGGUCAGAGUCUCAAGUAUGGAAAAGGAGGCCAGGCCCAUCGCUGCUGCUGCGUAGCAGACAGGACAGGACACUCUCUACUGCAUACGCUUUAUGGAAGGUCGCUUCGUUAUGACACCAGCUACUUUGUCGAGUACUUUGCCCUGGAUCUGUUGAUGGAAGAUGGAGAGUGUAAGGGAGUGAUUGCUCUCUGCAUGGAGGACGGAUCUAUUCAUCGCUUCAGAGCCCAGAACACUGUCAUUGCUACUGGGGGUUAUGGAAGGGCCUAUUUCAGCUGCACAUCUGCCCACACUAGUACCGGAGAUGGCAAUGCAAUGGUGACCAGAGCUGGUCUGCCCUGCCAGGAUUUGGAGUUUGUACAGUUCCAUCCCACUGGGAUCUACGGAGCUGGAUGUCUGAUCACAGAGGGUUGCCGUGGUGAGGGAGGCAUCUUAAUCAACAGCGAGGGAGAGCGCUUCAUGGAGCGCUAUGCACCCAAUGCCAAAGACCUGGCCUCCAGAGACGUGGUGUCCCGUUCCAUGACCAUAGAAAUCAGAGAGGGCAGGGGUGUUGGACCAGAGAAGGAUCACGUGUACCUGCAGCUUCACCAUCUGCCUCCUCAGCAGCUGGCCACAAGGCUGCCUGGUAUCUCCGAGACAGCUAUGAUCUUUGCUGGAGUCGACGUCACUAAAGAGCCCAUUCCUGUCCUGCCCACUGUUCACUACAACAUGGGUGGAGUACCCACAAACUACAAGGGACAGGUCAUCACUCACACCGAUGGAGCUGACAAGGUGGUUCCUGGACUGUAUGCCUGUGGUGAGGCGGCAUGUGCCAGUGUCCACGGCGCUAACCGGCUGGGCGCUAACUCUCUGCUGGACCUGGUGGUGUUUGGCAGAGCCUGCGCCCUCACCAUCGCAGAGGAGCACAAACCUGGAGAGAAACUGUCUCCUCUGAAGGCCAGUGCAGGAGAGGAGUCUGUGGCCAACCUGGACAAACUGAGGUUUGCCAAUGGAAGCCUGAGAACCUCUGAGAUCAGGCUCAACAUGCAGAAGACCAUGCAGGCCCACGCUGCUGUGUUCCGUACUGGCUCUGUUCUUAAGGAAGGUUGUGACAAGAUGGAUGCCAUUUACGGGACUCUGGAAGACCUCAAGACCUUCGACAGAGGUAUUGUGUGGAACACAGACUUGGUGGAAACAUUGGAGCUGCAGAAUCUGAUGCUCAACGCUGUCCAGACCAUACACUCCGCUGAGCAGAGAAAGGAGAGCAGGGGUGCACAUGCCAGAGAGGACUUCAAGGACCGUGUGGAUGAGUAUGACUACUCAAAGCCCCUGCAGGGUCAGGAAAAGACACCCUACGAUCAGCACUGGAGGAAACACACUCUGUCCUACGUUGACCCUAAGACUGGAAAGGUGACUCUGAAGUAUCGUCCAGUUAUUGACCAAUCUCUGGAUGAGCAGGACUGUGCCCAUGUCCCUCCUGCCAUCCGCUCCUACUAAGAAGAUCCCCCUUUCCCUCUCCUUACCUCCAGUUCAGUCAUUUAUUUACUAUUUAUGGAUAUACCUUUCCCAAAAUAGGGAUGGCAUUUUGGGACAAAUUAUGUUUAUGGCUGAACAUGUAUAUCCAUUUAGAGAAGUUAAAUA